GCAACAGGUGCUUGUGUUAACCACUAGGUAUCUUCAAACAUGGGCUUGGAAUAUACCCUCCAAUCUGACAACAACAACAACAACAACAACAACAACAACAAGAAGAAGAAGAAAUAACCGAACUAACUAACCAACCAAUCAAUCAUGUCCGACUCCAUCCCCUCAGCGCACGCCGACCCCGACGCCGCGGAGCAACCGCUCCCCGCCAACGCCGAGGACCGCAAAGCCGCCGCCGCCCUCUCCUCCCUCCACACCAACGAGAUUGCCGCCACCGACUCCCCGACCAGGCUGCCCUCGUCCGCUGACCAGGAGGCGCUGGGCAAGGCCAUGAGCCGUCUCGAGAUCGCAGCCGGUCACCCUGCGGGCAAGAAGCGGGCGGGGACGACGCAGCAGAGUAAGGAGGGAGGGGAGCUGGUGAAGAAGAAGGCCGUCAAGGUCAGCGCCGACGAUGUCAAUCUUCUGGUAGGUUUCUGCUCUGCAGUCCUCAAGCCCGCUCUCUUUGGGGGAUGCUCUGAAAUAUUGGAACUGGUGGAAUAAGGCUCGCUGGGCUAAUCUAAUGUGUGUCAAACGCUCGGUGCCUUGCAGGUGGAUCAGUUGGAUUUGAAUAAGCUCAGGGCCACGGAGCUGUUGAAGGCCCACGAGGGGAAUGUUGCGCAGGCAAUCAAGGCGUUCAUUACGCCUGCGACGCUUGCACGUUGAGGCGGCUGGUCAGUCG